AUGUAUGGCGAGACCGUCGCCACCGCUUGCCCCAAGGCACCUCUGAGCGCGCAGAAAUGCCGUGCCCACAUGGCCCUAGCUGGGGCCUUUCUGAUUCAUCUAACGCUCGGGCUGGAGAGGGCACUGUUUGAGUUGUUGUUGUUGGGAGGUGCUUCAGGUAGUCUACACGCCUUCGGAAACAUCGCUCCUCUGAUUAUUGCCUACAUGCGUCAAUUACAGCCGACUGCGUCCCUCCGCUAUCACGAUGGGCUGAUCCUCUACGUUUCGGCCGUUCUGGUGCAAGGCAUAGCCGGGUUCUUUGGUGGAAGGCUUCACAGGGCCCUGGGCCCUUCUAAGGCAACUCUUCUGGGUGGAUCUGUGAUGAGCAUUGGUCUCGUGAUGUCUGCCCUGACACUGCAUAGUUGUUUCCUCUUCUGCCUCUCCUUCGGCGUCGUCACGGCCAUAGGCAGCGGCCUCUGCUACCCGGUCCCACUGACCUGUGCCCUCGAGUGGCAGCCGGAUAGGAAGGGAACAGUUAGUUGCGUGAUCUUCCUUGGCCGGAGUUUGUCUGUCUGCUUGCUUUGUCCAAUGCAUUCUUUGUUUCUCUUCCGCACCGCCCAGCACUCUUUGCUGGCAUCUGUUGCACCUGUGGGAGGUGGAGAGGGCACUUUGGCAGCUCCGGAGGUCUAUGUGUCUGACACGGAAGUUCUACAGCGACUUCCUGCGCUUUUCUUGUUGAUGGCUGGGGGAUGCCUGGUGCUGCAGUCUGUGCUAGUGGCUGCUUACAUGUGGAAGAUAGUCCCCUUUGCAUUUAUGCACAAGGUGCCACCCAACACGUACCUGGAUACAGCGGAGCGCAGCCUGUUACCGGCGGCCUCCUUCGCGGACGGCGUCCGAAGUUGGCAGGCGAUAACAGAUUUGCAGCUAAGUACAAUCGGCGCAGUGGCGGGGGCAUUGUGCGUUGCUGGGCGGUUGGUCUGGGGUUAUAUUGGCAACAAGGCUGGUAAUAAGCGAGCCAUAGUUAUAAUGAAUCUCUGCAUGGCAGCCCUUCUGAUGACGUUCAUGAACAGCAGUAUGGCAUCACCAAGGAACUUCGCCGUCUGGCUUGCGUUGCUCAACGCUUGUCACGGGGGUCUGUUUUCUUUGCUGCCGUCCUUGACUUCGGAUUUAUUUGGACACAAGAACUUUGGUCCCGUAUUUUCGCUCCUGUUUGCUGCAAGACUUUGCGCAGCUGCAUGCAUUUGUGCACUGACGAAGGUGGUUCUCGAGCUGGCAGAUGGUGUGACGCUGUGCAUGACUUUGGCUGGAUGCCACGUGCUGUGCGCCGGCCUGGCCCUCGCCUUUCACCCGACCGAAGCGCUGCCAACCCCAUACAAGCUGGUGAUGCCCUGA